AUGCCACAGUUUCUCAACGUUAAAUUGGCGUGGAGGCCACUGAGGCACUUGCUGACCAGCGCAGCACUCCAGCUUCUUACCUGUAGCUGCUCUUUGAGCUUAUUUCCAACAUUGGCACCACCACUCCAUGUGAUAGUCAACGGUGAGAGGAAGACGCUGGUCGUAUGCCUGGUGAGUGAGCUCUUGGAGGACACGUUGGGCGCCGUUUGGUUUUCCAAUGGAAACGGGAGCCUGCUGGAGUCUUUCAACUAUGGGGUUUCCAAGGAAGAAGAUGGCACUUUCAGCACAGUCUCCCAAAUCUCCAUCAGCACCAAAGAAUUUGAAUCAUGGGCUACUGUCACUUGCUACGUGGCACAAAACCAAACCUCAAGCAUAUGGAGCAAUACCUCUCUUCAAAUCACAGAAGAAAAUUCAGGAGCUCCAUGCCUAGAUGAAAAUCAAGGAGACCAGACAUUGUCCACAGAGGUUCUCCACAGCCGCUCACAGGUCCUGUUUCUUUUGGCCAUCAGAAUGUUGCUCUUCAAGUUUCUCCUGUUCGAUGUGUUGAUGACCUGCUGCAUCAUUUACAAGAAGUAA